AUGUCUAAAGGUUCCAGCCGCGAGAGCUCUGACAGCGGAACAACGUCAAAAGCAGAACGCGUCAAAAGACCUAUGAAUGCCUUUAUGGUCUGGUCUCGGUCUCAGAGACGGAAAAUGGGUAUAGAAAAUCCCAAAAUGCACAACUCUGAGAUCAGCAAACGCCUUGGUUCCAUGUGGAAGGCCCUCUCAGAGGACGCUAAGAGGCCCUACGUGGAAGAGGCGAGCAAACUCCGGGCUCGACAUAUGGAAGACUACCCUGACUACAAGUAUCGUCCACGCCGAAAGCAAAAACAGCUCAACUCAUCACAAACGUCUACCAAGCAGUCAGCUCUAGUUCACCCCUCAACCCGUUUGGCUCCUCUCAAGGCGAACCCCCAGCCCUAUUCUUCCAUGAGGUCUCCCCAGAAAUUCACAUCACAGCCUCAACCUCCGCCUCCUACCUACGAACCGUCGUUCUAUACUGAUUCCCUCUUCUUACACUGUCGCUCUAGAAGCCAAGAUAAGUGCAUAGAUGAGCCCUAUGCUUUUGAGGGUCCAUCAAAGUCCUACUUAGACGGAGUCCCAGCGAAUUCCACCUCCUGUUGUUAUUCAAAUGACCAACAACAGUGCCUCCCGUACGAGUACUCUUCCUAUUCCGAAUCGAGCACAACCCCAUUGGAGUUUAUUAACCCUUCUGAAACUCAGGCGCAAACUCUUGUUGUCGAAUACGCUGGAAUUGAGGACUCUUCACAAUACACAGCCAUUCCACCUAGUCACCAUGGACCAUCGCCGUUCCCUUCGAUGUCUCUGGUGACUGAUUUUGACCAGAUGAUUACCUACAGAGACUGGAAUAGGAGUUCAGCUAUGGAAGAUGGCACCGCGUGCUACUACAACUAUACUCUGGAUGGAGGAGAAAGAGAAGGCGGAGCUGCAGCGGACUCCUUUGAGGAGACGUCACCCGAUGCGGCAGUCCUUCCUUCAAUGAGCCACAUGGCCUCGACCCUCCGACUGUGCAGUACCGAUUCGGUCCCCGUGAGUCACUCCACCCCCAAGUGCCUAACACCGGUGCCCUACUUCCCGUCCCGGGGGCCCGAUUACGCAAUACCACAGCAAAACGACUUAAGCCUGCAAAGUUUCCUCGACGAAGGACGAUUUUGUGGGCUGGAAAAUCGGUUCACGCAGUAUGGCUUUACUGAGAAUGUCGUAGACCUCCAGUCCUGA